CUUGACCCAAGGACAGGGUAAACAAUGGUUGAAUGCCUGUGCUAUGCACUGUUCUACUUCUGCCCUGCAAGUUUGUAUAUAAGCUGGCUGUGAAAUCAACUCAGGCACUGUCCGGCAUUGACUGGCCGUCCUCUCGACUCUGUUCUGUCUUCUUCAUUGUCUCCACAAUCCACAGGCCUCCACACAGCUGCCUGGUCAACUCUGGAGGAGCCAUGCUGCUGUUGCUGACCUUGGCUGUCCUUGCUGGUGCCACCUGCAGAGCCCAGAAUAUACUGGGCAAUACAAUCGGCAGCUAUUUCUACAUUCAUGGUGAAGAGCAGGGGGAAAUCAAGGCCAUCCGGAUCUUCUAUACACUGGCCAGACGCCUCAAGGGCAUCCAGCUGCAGUUUCAAAAUAACUGGAGUGAUAUCAAAGGAGUCCGUUCAAGCCGUUAUGAAGAGUUUCUUCUGAAUGAUGACGAGUAUGUAAUAAAGGUUCUUGGCACUGUGGGAUUGUGCCUGAACUCCCUGACCUUCAUUACCAACAAGGGGACUGAGUUUUCCUUUGGUAAAAAAAAAGGACGUCCAAUUGUAGAGAGUGGAGGUCCAGACCAGCAUCUACAGACUGUCAAUGGGAUGCACUCACCUGUCUGCCUCCAAGGGAUCGGCUUCAAAUGGACCUAUAACACAGUGAUGCGUCCAGGAGAACCAGUGCCCAUCUCUAACACUAACAAAGUGAAGGAAGAUAUCAAAGACAAAUACAAAGUUGAAGACGAUGAUGAUGAUGAUGAUGAUGAUGAUGAGGAUGAUCAUAACAUUGAUGAGGAGUAGAAAGAUGAGAAAAGGUAGUAGAGAGCUCAGAUCUCAGUCCUGUAUCGCCACAUCGUAUGACCUCCUCUCAGCCAAGCUCACCCAUCUGGAGGGACCAGUGUACCAGGUGACCCUGGGCUGGAGGAGGCAAAGCCUCAAAGACCCUGUAUCUCUGUCCAAUAAACUCUGUGCAUCCAUA